AUGAGGCAGGGGGCGCGGCAGAAUUCAGGCCCAGCGAGGGUCACGGGUCUGAACAGUAGUAACGUGGCGGUGGACGCGGAGCAUUCUCGUUCCGUAUCGCGUAACGUUUACCCGCUGACUCCACUGGCGAGUUUUUCUACCGAAGACUUGGCGCAGCUUCGUCGCAGUUCCCCUGACGCGUAUCAGGCGCUUUUGCAGUACGAGCAGCUUUGUCGUCACGACACGGCGGUGAUCGAGGCCAAGGAGGCGGAGUUGCGGCGCUGCAUUAGCGUCGGGCAGGAGGUUCUGGAGCAGUUGGAUCAGCUGAAGGCUCGCUGCUCGCAGCUCGCAGGGGAGCGUGACGUGGCGGAUGCAAAGACACGGGAACUUGAGCGGCAACUAAGACGUUUAGAAGCUGCACCACAUCGGGGUGAGAGCGAGCAGCCGUCUGCGGCGAUGCAGAAAGAGUCACGGAAAAGGGAGGAUUUGCUUCGCGAGCAGCUGCACCACUGCGAAGCGGAGGUACAGCAGGUACGCACUCACGCAAAAGAGUUGGAGAGGGAGUUGCAGGAGCAGCGCCUGGUUCACGACGCGCUAAAGCGGGAUCUUCAGGGCGCCGUUCAAGCAGCACGGGUUGCUGGUGUGAGAAGUGAGGCGGCGGAAACGGCACGGCGAUCCGCGGAGGACUCUCUGCAAGAGAUGCGGUCGCGAGUGGAGAUGCAGGAGAGAGAGUUGUCGCGUGCCCGCGCCGCUCAGCGUGAGUUGGAGGAGGUUUUUCGUCAACGGCAACACGAAUGGGCCACAACGUCGGCGCUUUAUCGUGACUCUCAGAAACCAUCUGCAGAACUUGUCACUGCGGCUGCCUUGCUUGUCAAUAUACAUAACCAACUACAGGAAGUUGCCCAGGAAAUGGGGCGCAGCCACAGCAGGAAACAGCAGCCGUCGUUAAUGGCCUCCUCGCAGGUUACACGCUUGCGUUUGCCGACUGCAGUGACGGAUAACGCCGCAACGGAAUCCAGUCUCACCCCGGGGCAGCUGGAGCAUUGGUUUGCUCACUCCCUGGAGGAAACGUUGCAUCUCGUGCAUGAACUAUCGCGGGCUUCGCAGCAGGUGGAAGAACGUUUGCGUCGCUGCGACUCCGAGCUAGAGCGUGUUAGCUCCGAACGACAAGUUGCGCUUGACGAUGCACGUAAUUUGGAUCGAGAGAAUGAGCAGUUAAGGCUGGCGCUUGUGGCACUCAAGGAGAAGGUGCAGGCAUUAGAUGCGCAGACUGACCGGAUGCGUGAGGCAGACUCGCUUGAAGUGCGACGGGAGACUAAUCUGCGUCUUGUGGCACUAGAGGAGGAAAAACGUGCAGCACAAGCAGCACACCAGCGUGAGUUGGAGCGGACACGGCGUCAGGGAGCCUUGGAACUUGCCAGUCUUCAGGAACGUCUGGAAACUGAGCGGCGCAUGAUGGAGCGUGAGAUUUGUUUACUUCGUGCUGAGCUUAACCAAUGCCGUGAGGAACAAAAGUUGUCGACGCCAUCCACGGGACGUGGGACGACCGCACGUUCUCCGUCGAAUGAUGUGCUGUUGCCGGAGAUGAAGAGGCAGCAACUCGCAUUGCAGAACAGGGUUGAAGAACUGGGGGCGGAGAACCUUCGCUUACGUGCAGAGGCCUCGCAGGAGAUGUCUGAGUUCAGGGCAGAGAUUACUCGUUUGGAGCAGCUUGUGCAAGAUGGCAGGUCCCGCUACGAGCGGAAGGCUCAACUACAUGAGGGAGAGAUGGAAAACAUAGUACAGUUGAAGCAGGAGCUGCAGCAGCGUCUCCAUGAAGAGGAGUCGGCCGCGCUUCAGCGGAUAGAGGAGCUGCAGCUUGAAAAGGAGCGCCUCAGCGCUGUGGAGCGUACACUGAAGAGCGAGUUGCUUAAAGCCUGCACCCAGUUGGGGAGUAUGACGGCAGAGAAUGAGCAGGCCAUGACAAUUUUACGUAGGCAUCAUGAGGCGGAGCUGGUGGAGAUCAAGCGCGAACUGGAGACACUGCAGCGCAGCACCGAAGAGAAGAGUGCGCGCCUCACCGCGGAGAACGCUGGACUUAGGGAGGAGCUGGAGGUGAAGGAUGUGGCCAUAGCGGCGCUGAAUCGUCAGUUGUGCGAUGCCGGGAUUGAGGCGGCGAAGAUGCAAGACACCAUUCACCGUUUCACACAGAAGGCAAAAGGGUUGGCAGAGGGCACGGUUUCUGUUGACCGCUAUGAGGAGAUUGAGACGGAGUUGAUGCAAGAGCGUGAACAGGUGCAUGUACUUGUUAGUUCACUGAAUGCGGCCCAAAUGCAGAUGGAAGAGUUGCGUGGGAAGUUUGAUGAACAGCAGACACGUGUGCGGGAUUGUCUGCGUCAGCUGCCGCCAAGCCCUGCCCAGCAAUUUGCAGGAGUUGCUUCGCUGCUGCAGGUUGUCCAGACGAAGGCGGUCACGCGUCUUCUUGCCAUGCUUGACGAGCCACAGUCCGACUACGCGCCAAGGCUUGGCUCGCAGCGUGAGGAAGUGGAGGUGGCGACGCCUCACGUAUUUGUUGGCGAUUCAACCCCCAUCGUCAAGUAUUUUGCAAUCCAUUGGUUCCUCUCCACUGACAGCUUUGACACCUCUGCCUCCGCUUCAACAACCACAACUACACAUGGAAGCGAGUGGCGGUCGAAGCCUCUCACCACCGACAUCGGCGUUGGAAGAUGA